AAACCGCGUAAAUCAAAGCCUGCAAAUCACCGAAUACCAUCUCUCUCUCUCUCUCUCUCUCUCUGUCGAUCGAAUGCACCGGUCGUCGAGCUCCACAAGAGUCUCCGGCGAUUUUUCCCAUCAUCGAUUGCCAUUGACGGAGAACUACAGACCGGGUACCGACGAGACCGGUGAGGUAUUACCCACAUACAAUCCUCGAUCUUAUAUAGCUACCAAAAAACACAAUCAAAUUAGAUCUGCUGAGGUAGCCAUCCAUCUCAUCCCUCUUCUGUUGGUAAUCUGUGCUAUGAUCCUCUGGCUCUUCUCAGACAAAGGGUUGAAGAUACAUUAACUGCAAAUUGUAACAAGUCCAUGCAGUACUAUUUCACUUCAAACUUGAACUUUAAAGCUUCUUAAUUUUGGUGAUAAACAUCAUUAUCUUUAUUAUCUUCAAGAAAGAUAUGUUUAGGUUUGUAGAAAGUUUUAUUUUGACAUACUUUCAAUGAUGUUAUUAUCUUGGAAUAUAUUGAUUUACUAUUGUAGUCACUCAUAGUUCGACAUUUAUGGCUCAUUUAGCUUUGGUUGGUUUGUUAGUCUUACCUCUCACUCAAGACUCUUAGUAUCAUUGUAUUUUCUACAAUAUGAAUAAAUAAUCGUUUUAACUAUGUAUUAAGUUAAAAAAAGCCCUGUAUAUCUUUUUUAUUAUCUUUUAUUUUUUCUACAAUGUGUUACAAAAAAACUAAACCAAAUCCCAAC